UACAUAUAACAUAUAGGUACUACUUCGAUAAUUGUUAAACAAAUUUGAAAUUUCGUACCGACACUACAUGCAGUAGAAAACUUUAGUUUUUCAUUGCAGUUUGAUAAUUAUCUUUAUUUCUGGUAAUCAAACUUAUACCUAGACUAAAUUCUGCAUAAUUGUACUCAUCGCAAAAUAAAUAAUUUUGCUGACUUUAUCCUGUUUGUUAGAUAGAUCAGUGUCUUCUAAAUCUCAUUCUACGCCUGUGGCAGUUACUGCUCUGAAGCUCAGUCUUAUAAUGUAGACACAUCAAUACAAUACUUUAGACUAUUUUUUAUUAGUCUAAGUGAAAUACAUCUGUAAAGUAGUACCGUAAAAUGCCUGAGAUGUGGUGGAAAUGCACUUAGUCUGCAAAGUUGCUAUGAUUUAAAAGAGCACAUUCUUAUUUGGUUUGGUACAAGUCAAACGGAAAUCUUUUAUACUACUUUAUUGAGAUGCAAUUGAAAUGGGGUAUAGCAGGCGUGGGAAUGAUCGCCCAUGACUUCCUAACAGCAUUAGACACUUUACCUCCGGAACAACACAGGGUUGUCGCAAUAGCCGGCAAAGAUGUAGAUCGCGUUCAACGAUUAGCAACACUGCACAAGAUCAACACAGCGUACGAAGGUUACGAGCAACUGGCGCGUGAUGCUUCUAUAGACAUUGUUUUCGUGAGUGUUCUGAAUUUACAGCACUACGAAAUUACAAAGUUAAUGCUAGAAAACGAUAAACAUGUACUCUGUGAGAAGCCAAUGGGUAUGACUUACAAACAGACUAAAUCAUUAGUGGACUUGGCGCGUGAGAAGGGUCUGUUCCUUUUAGAAGGAAUGUGGUCGAGGUUUUUUCCAGCUUACGACGCAUUAGAGAAACAUAUAACCACUGGCGGCCUUGGUGAAGUCUAUCACAUCAACGUUCAGUUUGGGGUUCAAAUUAACGACAUUGAAAGGAAUCUGAUGAAGGACCUCGGUGGUGGUGCGGUUUUAGACCUAGGAGUGUACAUGUUGCAGCUAAUAAACUUCAUAUACAAGGAACCGCCAGUGGAUGUAGUGUGCACGGGGCAUUUAAGCAAAACGGGAGUAGACGAGUCCGUGUCGUGUGCUUUGAAGUAUAAAGACGGAAGAACGGCAACAAUGGCCGCCCAGACCCGUGCGACCAUGACCAAUAAAGCGGAGAUUAUUGGUACGAAAGGAACAAUCUCUUUGGAGUACUUCUGGUGUCCAACGGUAUUACACAUCUCGGCGGCUAACAGCACCGAAUGGACAUUACCGAAGGGCAAAUACAAGUUCCACUUCCACAACAGCGCUGGACUCAGCUACCAGAUACAGGAGUGCUGGGAUUGUAUUAACAAAGGUAUUGUUGAGAGUCCAAAGAUGAGCUUAGAUGAAAGUAUUCUCUUAUCCAAAUUGACGGACACUAUGAGGGCGCAACUAGGAGUACUUGAAUCGGAAUUAUAAACCAAUCGAUUGAUUAUUUUUAUUGUACAAUUUACAUUUUAAAUAUGGCACGAUAGAGUUCAGAACUCUCGUAAAAGUUUUGGGAUCUAUGGAAAAAAAGGAUAAAGAUUUUUGCUUUGUUUAAAAAUUAUUUGAAUGAAGAUUCAGUAUUGUUUUUAUUGUUUAAAUUAAUUAUACUUGCAUUUAAAAUUUCCUAGGUCCACCGCGUUUUUAGGUAGCUGUCGCUCCUCAUAAUUUUAUUAGUAGGUAGUUCCCAAUUGUUUUUAACCUUAACAGUUUUAAUUGUUUAACUAUUAUAGUUUAGAUCGUUAAGUUUUUGUUGAUCGCUACUAUUGACAUGAAAAUUGAGAUCUAGCGCGCACUAAGAGAGUGCAAAUGUGACUUGAAACUAAUGUUUACAAAUGGAAGGUGACCGAUGGGACUUUUUUCUCCAUAAAAAAUCAAGACCGACUAAAAUACAGGAUAUAAUAUUCAUAAAGCAGGGUGUUUAUAAAGCACAGACUAUAAUGUUUUUGUGUAUUUGUAAAAGUAAUGAUUGUAUCAUUGUAAUUUAACAAAAACGUUUUAAAGCUUAAGAUCUUGGCUGUAUGGACUACGUUCCUUUUGCGCGUCUGAGUAGACGAACAAAACCAAAAAAUCUAUA